CAUUGGGAUAGUCCGUAAGUUGGUCUCUCAACCCUGACCAAAGAUGAGGGCACAACUACCCCUCCUUAUUCUCGUGGUUGGAAUUAUGACACCUUCAGAUUGCAAACCAUCGACCUGUAAGAAACGAUUUGAAUUAUGGACCAAAGAUCAUUCUCUCUGCCUCCCACAAUCCAGUAAACUCAUUAAAGGCGGUAUCCCAACGGGGCGGGACCGGAAGAUCGUAGUUGAUAUGCACAACAAAGCCAGAAGUGUUGUCCAUCCGUCGGCCUCAGACAUGCAGAAGAUGUAUUGGGACGAUGAACUUGCACUGAUGGUAAGAGGGUACCUGUCCUCGUGUCCAGGGAUAGUUCAUGACAAGGGAAAUCAGAGGUAUAGCCCAGGGAAAUACAGUGUUGGCCAGAACCUGGCUGCUGGUACCUUCAGAUACGGCUGGUGGAGCGUCGUGAAGAUUUGGUAUGAUGAGGUAAAAGAUCACGUGUACGGCGACAAAGCCAAGAUGAUUGCCGACUUCAAGAAGAUCGGUCACUACACCCAAGUGGUCUGGGCCAAGACGUCUAGAAUUGGGUGUGCCUGGGUGCAGUGCAAGGGACAGAGGAAGGUGUACGGGUGUAACUAUGCCGUGGCAGGCAACAUGAAUCGGGGGUACGACAAGCCCUACCAAAAGGGCACGCCUUGCUCGAAAUGUCCCGGGAAGUGCACAAACAAACUCUGUGACUGCGGUGGGAAGGUCUGCUUCAACCAAGGAACACUGGACCUAAAAACCUGCACUUGUACAUGUAAAGGUUUCUACAACGAUGAAGCCUAUGUGGCAAAGGAGAGUUGUGCCAUUGAUUGUGACCGAUCAAAGGAUUAUAAGAAGAUAGUGACCAACUCUCGACUCUGCCAACGGGUUGUGAAAGACAUGGAUAAGUGCAAAAAAUACAAAUUUUACGCUCUGGCGUGCCCCUGGUUGUGUGGGCUCUGUCCUUAUGCUGGCUUUGCAACUGGAAAGUCACCAAAAAAACCCGCAUCGAGAUCGAAAUCGCAAAAGAAGUCGUCAGGAAGACGUCAACCAAAUAGUGGACCUGCAACUGGAAAUUCCGGAACCGGAACCGCAGGUGGAUCUAGGACUUCCGGCAGACAAAACAAACAGCAGAAUUCGCCGGUCUCUUCCAAAGGAGGGCAACCCAAGGUAUGGAGUUGUCCCAAGAUGUUUACCAUGUGGUCCAAGAAGCAUUCCAUGUGUCUUCCAAGGUCGAACAGACUCACCAGUUUUGGUAUUCCGACAGGGAGAGAUAGGAAACAGAUUGUAGACGUGCACAACAAGGCCAGAAGCAUUGUCCAGCCGCAAGCAGCUAACAUGCAGAAAAUGUAUUGGGAUGAUGAACUUGCUAAAAUUGCAUUGGGUUGGCUCGCAUCCUGUCCUGGCCUACGACACGAUAAACACUCGCAAAGAUAUAUCCCAGGAAAGUAUUCCGUCGGUCAAAAUCUCGCUGCUGGGGGCUUCCGUUAUGGCUGGUGGAGCGUCAUCAAGGCCUGGUAUGACGAAGUAAAGGACUUCCGCUUCGGGAACAAGACUUUCAUGGCGAGCCACAACAAGGCCACGGGACAUUACACCCAAGUUGUUUGGCAUAACUCGGCCCGUAUUGGGUGUGCAUGGGUUCAGUGCAAGGGGAAACGAAAGGUUUACGGGUGCAACUAUGGCCCAACUGGUAACUGGCGAGGGAAACUAGAUAAACCAUAUAGAAACGGAACAGCCUGCGAAGAUUGUCCGGGAAAAUGCAAGAAUAACCUCUGCGACUGUGGUGGCAAGACUUGCUUCAACCGAGGCCAGUUGGACGUCAAGACGUGUACUUGCAACUGUUACGGAUUUUACAACUCCGACGCCUACCAGUCAAAGAAUAAUUGCGCUGUCGAUUGUAAUAAAUCAAAAGAUUAUAAGAGGAAUGCAAGUGGAAGUCAAAUGUGCACCCAAUACGCCGGUACCACGGCUCUGAGGAAGAAGCAUUGCCGGAAAGGGACGUUUGUCGCCCUGGCAUGCCCUUGGCUGUGCGGGCUCUGUCCCAUGAUCGACCAUCGCAAUCACUAGAAUGACGGCAGCUUGAGUCCGGAGAAUCCAGUUUUUGCACUAGCAACACAUAAUUCAUGUUACUGUAAGCCAUAUAUUGGUGAGCUAUCCCUGUUUCUGAAUGUUCCAAGGUUCAGAUGGGGCUAAAGCAUUGGACUGGUGACCGGCGUCAAGUCGACAAGAUUGAGGCCAAACUGCUAGAAGCGCAUUCUUCCAAUCUGUUUAUCUUUCCUAUAUCCAACUCCCUACUGAUAUUUUAAAUUCAAGACUGUGUGUACUGGCAUCGACCGAAUGAAGGUACAGUGAAUCAUUUGAAGAUUACUGAAUUUGGAUGAUGAAUCGUUUAAGAUUUUGAACACAAAUGGUACUGUUAACAAUAGUAAUAGUAUUUGGUUGUAUUUGAUCUACAUGUAUUUUGAGUCCAAAAUUAAAAUAGUGAAAACAGA